AUUCAGCACCAGUUUCUCUCCGACAGCAGACAUAAACAUGGCGGCUGAAAGCAUGUGUACACAAGAGACAAACUCAGGUUGCGUCUUUUAGGGUUAGCCUAUUGUGUCCCGUCAAAGCCGGAUAACGGGGGUAAAAUUCUUUAAUCGAAAGUGAAAGGACGCUAGACUACGGAAUAUGGUCGCUGUAUAAAGGAGACUCGUGUAAUAAUUUAGACAAAAGUUGGUGUAAUUGAGCUAAAUUCCUUGGAUAACGCAGUCCUUGUUCGAUUUACGAGAUAAAAAGAAGUUUCGUUGAUAUUGGAUACUUGCGAACGUAAAACCGAGGAGUUUUCUUGCUGACGGCAUCAUAAUCUCGCAGAAAUGGAGGAAAGUUGCUUGGAAAGACAAGAAAAUGAGCUACAAGCUCUUCAAGCUAUUUACAUGGACGACUUCCAAGAUUUGCGGGAAAAGCCUGAUAAGCCACCGAAAGUGUGUUUGAAACUGACACCGCUACAGAGUGUUGUAGCUAAGGAAGUGCAUGCCAGGAUUGACUUGAUUGUACAGUAUACAGCAGACUAUCCUAAUCGGAGUCCCAAGCUAUCGCUGUGCAAUGCUACAGGCAUAUCAAAUGAAGAUGUGAGUGAACUACAGAAUGAGCUGCGACGUAUGGCAGCCAAUCUCGUUGGUGAGGUAAUGGUCCUUCAACUAGCACAUCAUGUUCAAGAAGGUCUUCACAAACACAACAAGCCACAGCUGUCCUUUUAUGACAAAAUGAUGGCAAACAAGCGGAAAGAGGAGGAAAGAAUCUUAGCUGCAGAGCAGCAGAAACUACGAAAGGAAAUUGAAGCCAACAAAGAAAGAGAAGAAGAUGAGAAACGUGAAAUAGAAGAAGAACUGCAAAGGAGAGGAGAAGCCCUGAAGGAGAGCAGAAGAAGAAGGAAUGUUGUGUUACCAGAAAAGAACCCUAAGACAGAUCAAGUCACUCAGAGUUCAAAAACACGAGAUGGUGAUGCCAGCCCCGUCAGCCCAGCUAAAGAAAUUCCCACUCUUCAGAGGAAACAUUCAGGGAAUGCUGUUGCAACAUUUCUGCCAUCCUCACCCAAGAAAACUGAUGGAAUACCAUCAGGACACAGCAUCAUGAGACGCCGGCGGAGCUCUGAAGGUUUGACUGACGAGUCUUUCACAGGGACACGAGUGAUAAACUUUAGCAACAGAGGGGAACGUGUGGUACAUUGUGGAAAAUGUCUUGGUCAGGGGUCAUCUGGUUCAAGAGUUUACAGUGCCAUGGACAUCACUAUUGGUGAUCUAGUAGUGAUGUGUGAGUGGAGUUUGUCUCCACAUCAAGCGGGCACCAGACGUACUCUGAGCAUCACUGAUAACCAGCAGCAGGACCUGCAAGGAAGACUUAUGAAACAGGUUUCCAGUAUCGAGCAGGAGAUUUUGUCCCUAAUCAACAGAGUUAGUCAUCCCAAUCUGACUCAUUACUUAGCUGUAAAUGUCCAAGACUCCGCCCCUACUGUUAACGUCCAGGUUUUGGCGGAGUAUGUCGGCGGUGGAGAUCUCGGUCUCCACCUAAGAAAUGGAGGUCUGCCGUUAGCGCAGCUGCGAGAGUACACACAUCAGCUUGUGGAGGCCCUUUGCUAUCUUCAUGGCAAGGCUGUAGUACAUAAAGAUUUGAGGUUGACAAGUUGCCGUCUGGACUCGGAUGGGAAUUUAAGACUUGCUGACUACAGCGUGGGAAAAAGGCUGUCGGAUUUGUAUCAAGUUUAUGGUGGUAACACGAAGGACGUGCAAAGUAAUACAGGUGAAGAAAACAAAACAACUUCACGUUAUGGAAAAACCGGCGACAUUUACAGUUUGGGUCUACUUGUGCUUUCUUUGGCUCUUGGAGAAGUGAUCACAGGAGACGUGAAGGAAAUACCGACUUCUUUGCCAUCAGAAUUACGUGACUUCCUUUCAAAUUGCCUAAAGGCUGACGAAAGAAAUCGGUGGUCCGCUUCUCAAUUACUGGAACACUCCUUCAUAACUCCAGUUAUUUCCAAUGGCUUGCCAAAUGGCCAUCAAGACGCAGUCAGAAACAAUGGUAUCGUAGGGGAUGACGGGCCAUCAUUCCUAGUUGACCAGCCAGAGCGUGAGGAGCCUGUGCCCGACUUUUCAUUUUUUUCGGGUGUUCCUGGGAAAUCUCGCGUCAAGUGCGAGUUUGAAGAGCUGCAGUUUCUUGGCAAGGGAGGCUUUGGCAAUGUCAUUAAGGUGCGCAAUAAACUUGACAACGGCUUGUACGCUGUGAAACGGAUUCCUCUCAACCCCAACAGUUCCCAGUUCACCAAGAGGAUCAUGCGCGAAGUGCAGCUGAUUUCCCGCCUUAAUCACGAGAAUGUUGUCAGGUACUACAACUCUUGGAUCGAAAACGCCGAAGAACAAGAAGGCGAGAAAACUCAAUCAGUAGAUGACAAAGCCGCCCAAAACCUCCCUUCUGCUGUAUCUUGUGAAGACAGCCUCCUAAAGCUAAACCAGAUCGAAGCACCGAGCGUAAGAAGUAAUGAAAACAAUGUAGAAGAUUCUUGGUGGCAAGAAGGCGAGGAACCAGAUCAGAAUGGAGCGGACUCGUCGUCCAGUGGAUCGCAGGAAUCGUUUCGUAGCCCAAGCAAAACCGCCUCAUCUAAGAGUCACAGCGUCUCAUUUUUUAGCAGUAAAUCGGAAUCGUCUGAAGGUGUGGUGUUUAUGGGAAAUGCUGAUGAAUCUGUUCUUCAGUUUGGAGACCUAUUGGAUACGGAGUCGGAUGAUUCUGACGACGGAGUGGAAUGGCAAGAGACUGGAACCGAGUCCAGUACGGAAAACGUAGGACUGCAGUAUUUGUACAUCCAGAUGGAAUACUGCGAGAAAAGCACCUUGAGGAACCUUAUUGAUGAGGGUUUGCAUCAGGAUAAGGACCGAGUGUGGAGGCUCUUUAGAGAGAUCGUUGAGGGACUGGCCCAUAUUCACACGCAGGGCAUCAUUCAUCGAGACCUCAAGCCCGUUAACUUGUUUCUAGAUUCUCACGGCCGCAUCAAAAUCGGCGACUUUGGCCUCGCAACCACGCACGGUAUGACACGAGGAGGCAUGGGCCCUGAUUUACCAGAUUCAGUUGACAAGACCCAGUCUUCCAAGAGCAGCUCGACCACCAAAGAAAGCAUGACGGGUAAAGUCGGCACGGCGUUGUAUGUGGCACCGGAGCUGGGUAACCGCCCCGGCGUACGAGUGAAAUACAGUCAAAAGGUUGACCUGUAUAGCUUAGGGAUUAUCUUCUUCGAGAUGUGUUACAAGCCUCUGACGACCUCGAUGGAGAGAGUUAAAGUUUUAGGCAACCUUCGAACGGAACGAAUCAUUUUCCCGGGAGAGUUUGACCACAAGCGCCUCGCGAAAGAAACGAUCGUCCUCAAAUGGCUUCUCAAGCACAACCCCGAGGAGCGUCCCACCUCCCAAGAGCUCCUUCAAAGCCAGUACAUACCCCCCAAGAUCGAAGACGGCCAGUUGGACGAGGUACUUAAACACACGCUUGCAUCAACAAACUCUACUCGCUACCAGCGACUGAUGAAAGCCAUGUUCUCUCAACAUGUCUCGUCAGUCAAGGACGUUACGUACGAUAUUGACGUCUACGCUGGGCAGGUAUCUCCAUGCGCGAUCCUUGCGCAGCAAAUGGUUCACGAAAACGUGAAGUCCGUUUUCCUGCGACACGGCGCGUUGCGGUUGAGGACGUCGUUGCUCGUGCCUCGCACGAAGCUAUUUGAGCAGCUGGAACUUGCGGUUAAUGUUAUGGAUCACAGUGGCACGCUUGUCACGCUUCCGUACGAUCUCAGGGUACCGUUCGCGCGUUAUGUCGCGCGAAACGGCAUUGUGCACAUGAAGAGGUUUGACAUCGGCUGCGUGUACCGUGAUAAGCGAAUUCUGGGUUCGCAUCCCAAAGAAUUGUACGAAUGCGUCUUUGAUAUCGUGACCGGUACACCGGAAAACCUCGUUCCCGACGCCGAGGUGCUUCUGUCGGUGGCCGAGAUUAUCCGAGAGUUUCCGUCGCUGAAUUCUCGUAAUUACUACAUCAGAGUGAAUCACGCUGCUCUAAUGAAAUGUUAUUUGGCUUCCGUGGGCAUCUCGGACGAGAGACAGUUGGAAUUACUAGCGAUUCUUCAAGAGAUUCGCAGCGAAAAAGACAGAAAUGUUCAAAUCCACGCGUUCGUCGAGAGCUUGCAGCUCAGCGAACACACAGCUACUGCGCUGUAUGACUUUUUGGACUUUGAAGGCCCUGUAAAAAAGUUGCGAGAGCACCUAAUCGGGACCAUGAAGCGAAAAACUUGGGUCGGCCAGGCUGCGCGCCAGUCGUUUCACGAUCUCGAAGAGAUCGCGUCGCACGUUGAAGCGUUUGGAAUCGAUUUACCCGUGGUCGUUGAUACUUCCAUGGUGUACAACUUCAAUCAUUUCUCGGGGUUGAUUUUUCAGUUUGUGGCUGCAAACAAACGGAAGCGGAAGCGAGGUGGUGUUGACAUUCUCGCCGCGGGUGGUCGAUACGACAAGCUGAUAAGUCACUUCCGUCGAGGAGCAGAAGCUGCUCACCCCUCCCCUGGUGCGGUGGGUGUGAGUAUCGCCAUCGAGAAAAUAGUCGCAGCUGUUCUGGAGGACGAAGAGGACACGAUUCCCAGCGCCUAUGACGUCUUUGUGUGUUCUGCGGGACACAAUCCUAUGUUGGCUGAGCGCAUGCGUAUCGCGCGUGAUUUGUGGAAGGCUGGGAUCCGGGCAACAAUUUGUUAUGAUUCUAAGGACAUGAUUCCUCUAGAGGAACUGCAGGAGUUUUGUAAGCAAGGAGGAAUUCAACAUAUGGUGGUUUUAAAAGAACAAGAAACAGGCAGUGUCAGGGUGCGCUCUUUAGACAAAGAAAAGAUUGUCGAAUCUCGAGUCCAGAUAAAGGACCUUGUGGACCAUCUUCAAGGGAAGCUCUCCACAAGGCCUGAAACCGCUGAGUCCUCUGCACCCCUUAGUAACAAAGGAACAGGGACACAGAGCGGUAACGAGCCAACUUCUACGUUUGCCCCAGAAAUGAAGGUCUCGUUUAAAACACAGGAGAAGAUGGCGUGGAACACUAAGAAGAGAUACGAGAGUUUAAUGAUGUCCAGGAUAAAACCUUCCCUGACUCACAUCAAUGCGAAAAGCGCCGUUGAAGUGAUCGGGGUUGACCUACCAGGUUCUGUUCUACGCAGCAUGGCAGCUAUUCUGGAUCUGGAUUCUAACGAAGAUGCCUUUGACGCGAGCGUGGCAACUAUUGCUGACAAAAACCCUCGCUACAAGAAAUACAUUGGACGUGUUUGCGACGAUAUCAGGGAUUUGAAAGUGUCUAAGAAAGUACCAGUUGUUUUUGUGUACAGUGUAAAAGAUGAAAUGUUUAAAAUCUUUUUCUAAAGGAAAGAGUAUUUUUGUAGAUAUUUGUAGUCGUUAAUUAAGUCAAAAGGUCGUGUUCUUUGAGUCACACAACUCUUCAAGGUGCAUGUGACCAGUUUUUCCGUGUACAGUGCAAAAUGCGAAUUGUUUGAAAUCUUUUUCUAAGGUAAGGAAGAUUUUUGUAAGAGUCUUCGUAGUCGGUUAUUGGGUUACACGAGAUUGUCUGGUCACAUACCGUUUGCUACAAUUAAGUCUUUGUAGUCGUAAUUAGGUCACACCAGAUUGUCUGGUCACACAACGCUUACUAAGGUCGGGUUCUUUGAGUCACACAACUCUUCCAGGUACAUGUGACAUGUUGUUCUGUAUCAGUGUAAAAUACGAAAUGUUUAUAAUCUUUUUCUAAGGGAAGGAACAUUUUUUUUGUAAGAGCCUUCGUUGUCGUUUUUUAGGCAAUGCAAGAUUGUCUGGUCACACAAUGCUCAUUAAGGUCGUAUUCUUUGAGUCACACAACUCUCGUAGGUGCAUGUAACCAGUUGCACAUGUUCUGUAUACACUGUAAAGUACAAAAUGUUUUAAAUGUUUUUCUAAGGAAAGGAAUGUUUUUGUAAGAGUCUUCAUAGUCGUUAAUUAGGUCACAUGAGAUUGUCUGGUCACACAAUGCUUACUGGGGUCUUUCUUUGGGCACACAUCUCUCCUAAGUGAAUGUAAACAGUUGUCUUUGAGUAGAAUUUUAAAGAUGAAAUGUUUAAAAUCCUUUUCUAAGGGAAGAAAUAUGAUGUUUUAGUCUUUCUCAUGUAAGAGUCAGUGAAGUCGUUUUUUGGGUCUUUUGUUACAUUCCCUGGAUAGAUAGAUAGAGACUUUAUUGAGUUAUUUUUUCGUUAAAAAAAAUACCUCUUAGUCGGCGCGUCGGGUAUGUUAUG